GCAGUACUAAAUUCCAACCAGUACACAAUAGCCCCCCUUAAGAAAAACCAGGCUGUUUGCUAUCUUCAGUUUCUAAUGCAUCAGAACGGCUCUGUUUAUGCUGCUGUUCAUAAUACCCUAAUCAGUAUG